AUGCCUAAGAAACGAUUUACAUCACACUAUUCGAAACCUGCCAGUACAGUUCAUCCGUCACUCAAUUCUAGCGCUUCUUCUUCUGCUUCGACAUCGCAAAAUAACAAUGUUCCGUCAGUAAAUGAUUUAAUAAACUCCGCCCGCAGAAUCGGUAUAUCUCCCACCGAACACCUUCGCGCCGCUUCUUCGCUCAGUCCCUCCACCCAUACCCUCCCUCCUCAAAUCCGCCAUCUCCUCUCCCAUCCCGAAACUCCCUCGCCUACUCCCCGCAGACCCGUCCACAACCGGCGUCUCGAUGCCAAUGGGCGACGCAUACCUGCUGGUCCCGCGCCACCCAGAAGUUGGCUAGAAGGAACUAGGCACACGCCUGCUGACGUCCGAAGGCGAUUCCGCUUACAGCAAAAUGGAGGAGAGGGGCGGUUAUUCCCAAGAGGGGUCGGGCAUUUUCCUGGUCUGGGUGAUGACACAAAUGGGAGUGGGCGAAAUGGGGGAAGGAGUUUGCUAGAGAUGUGUUUAAGGGGUUUGGCCAGGGACUGGGAAAACAUGAGUGUCUAUGAGUCAAAUAAUCUGGCAAUGUUGCCGGUGGGUUUGAGGAUGGGGCUGCUGAGUUACAUUGCUGUUUAUGGGCCGGAGGAAGGCGUCGGAAUUCAAGAAUUUAAAAGCUUGCUGACUUUGCCGGUGCUGGAGGAAAGCGCUACGGAUGGUGCUUGUGCAGCACGAGAACGGAUCCAAGAGGAGACAGAGGAUUGGGAAGAAGAAGUUGAUGGGAGGUUCGCUAGAGGGAAUAAUGAUGACUUCUUUCGCCUCGAUCUUGGUGGUUCAAUAGGGAGAUCCGUCAGCUUGAAACAGCUCUCAACCUUUCUUACGACUACCGCUUUCAACAAAGAUUCAAUACCUCGAUCUUUGCCCGCAACCCUUCCACAUCUCACUCACUUGUCGCUUUCUCAUCCUCCGCCUUCAAUCUCUUGGUCACGUCUUCUUGCUCUCACGCCCCAUAUCCGAACCCUUACUCAUCUCUCACUCGCCUACUGGCCCCCUCCUUCACUCGCUCCAAACUCAAAUACGACUGUUUUUGAGUCACCAAUUCCUGGAAGAAGAGAUAUUCAGUAUGGUGCUAGUAAUAUCUAUUCACGGACUCUUGAUGACGACUUUUCGGAAUCGGCACUGGUGUUGAAGAAAUUGGCAAAUGGCGUUUAUGGACUCGAGUAUCUGGAUCUGGAAGGCUGUUCAGAAUGGAUAUUAGCGUUGGCGGACGCGAAUGGUGUGGAUUGGGGUAAUCAGUGGAGAAGAUUGGGCACUUUGAUAUUGAGAAGUGGGAUGAAAGGAGAUGGCCCCGACCUCGAGAUACCGGAUUUUGAAGGGUGGUCCGAAAAAGAAAAAUGUGUAAUUAAGAAGGCUAUAUCUGAUGGGUUGAAAGUGAAGAAUCACAUAAAUAGGAUGAGGAAAAGCAAAGGGUUACAGUGGAUGGAUCUCAUUAUUGACCCGAACAUCAAUGGUGUUAGGUCGAGGGCUCUUAUUCAAGAGGCUGCUGAACCGAUUGUUCGGGGUGCUGCUGCUAGAAAUUGGAAUGAUGAUUUGGCAACGGCGAUCGCCAAUAGUGCUUGGGAGUCUUAG